UUUUCCUCUCUCGCGCUUACCGGAAGUACAUUUCCUUGCUAGCUUCACGCAAGUCAGUCGCUUCACUAUCGUAUUCAACAUGGCGGUGAAUCUAACCGAAUUAUCUCUCCCACAGUUGGAAGGUCUGAAGGGCCAACUGGAACAGGAAAUCGAGUUCUUGACUUCUUCAAUUGGUCAACUGAAAAUAGCCCAGACGAAGUAUGUGGAGGCUAAGGAAAGUUUGAGCGUUCUCAACAAGGAAAAUGCAGGAAAAGAGCUUCUGGUCCCCCUCACCAGCUCUAUGUAUGUCCCUGGGGCUCUCAGUGAUGUGGAGCACGUGUUGGUGGAUGUAGGAACAGGCUACUAUGUGGAAAAGAAUGUGGAGGAAACUAAAGAAUUCUUCAAGCGCAAAAUCGACUUCCUUACGAAGCAGAUUGAGAAGAUUCAGCCAGCCCUGCAGGAGAAGCAUGCGAUGAAGCAGGCUGUACUUGAGGUCAUGAACAUGAAGAUUCAGCAGCUCCACAGUCAGCAGACAUCACAAGCCGGGACUGCCAAGGCCUAAGAGAGAAUGGGGGGUGGGAUGGGCAAGGGAGGAGGGGGAAGACUUAAGUAGUAGUCGUCUAAGACACAGAAAUGCGCAAGAAAUUGUUAUUGAAAGAAGUCUCAUUCAGAAGAAGAAAUUGCACUCAAUGUUAAAGCCAAGAGGUUGAAUGCACAUUAAGUCAAUUGUCAAUAUGAAAAUGCAUGGUGUGCCAGGGCAUGCUGGGUAAAUAGUCUAGCUAGGGUGGAGAAGAGUUAAACAGACCUCCCCCAUCCAUACUGACCUGGGAUGGGGGAUCAAAAGAAGGACUAGAGGAAAAAGAAAGUUUUAAAACUUUUUUCUCCCCCUCACUCAUUUGUCCCUUCAUUCUGACUGUGUCAUACGCAAAGCAAAACCCCUUUAUUCUGACUGUCAUACGCAAAGCAAAACCCUUUCAUUUUGACUGUGUGUCGCAUGCAAAGCAAAACGGUUCAGUUUGGGAAACAAAGUAAAGACACUGAAGGGCUGGGUUUCUCUAAAGCCGCAAAGAUAUCACUACAUACGAGUGGUGGUGGUGUCCUCAGCCAGUUAAAUUUGUUCUCAAGACAUGCUACCAUGUUUCGUUUGAUGACUUUGCACUCUGGAUAUCAGAUUAAAUUGACAUUAUUCAAUGGUCUCUUUAGUGCUUAAUUGUUAUAGAACGCUCACAAUUGAGUGCAAUGUCUGAAGCUGAACAAAAUGACUGCUCUAAUGUUCUUGUAUGUUGAAUCCCCAAAAUACAAAAAUGGACAAAUAAAAUUGCACAUGAUUAUUUGAAA